AUCAGCUUUCUGAUAUAACUUUGUCUUUGGGGCUAGUUAAGAUUUUGUAAGGCGAGUUUUUUUAGCAACAAGUCAUUCAAUCAGGAGCAGAAUAGCGUUACAUAGAGCAUUCGCGACCGACACCCGUGACAGAUACGGGAUCACUUAGGCAGCAGAAGAAGUUCGGGGUGUUUGUAGUCACUGGAAGUCCGGAAUCCGUAUAGCCGCGUUUUCGGCGUGGGCUGCAACCUCGUGAACAAAUCUGACAUCAUUAUUCACAGACAUAGAUUUAAAGCUUUAGAUUUUCUGUGAAAUGUUUUUGAACAUGCCUAAUUUAUAAUAAAAAGAAAUAAACGCAAUUUUUUCAUAAAAUUUUCUCCAUAAAUCAUUCAAACUUGAAUAGAAGUAUAAAAACAAACAUAAAUUUCAAUGUUAAUACUUUGGCACUGACCUACAGUGAUUUCAUUAAGUGAUCUCAUCGCUAAGUCGAUAAGAACUUCGAGAAAUCGCUUUAGAUAUGGCCAAUGCGUUGGCGAGACGAAAUACUGCGUUUGUAAUAGGAAAAUGCUAUUGGAUAUUUAGCUUGUUCAAAUUUUCGUGUGGUCUUUUUCUUUUGCUUAGAUAUUUUCUAACCCAAUGGCAUCAUAAGGUUUAUGUUUUUUUUUUGGAGAUACUUUACGAUACGGAAAUUCCAAAAACGUCGCUGAAUUACUGUUUUAGUGAGUAUAAGUGACUGAUCAUUUCUGCCGGGACGAAAAUAUAUUCAAGUUUUAAAUACACACUACAAUUGUCGGUGGAACGGCUUCGAAAGGAGUCCCGGGUUGGCCUUUAUUUUAUGUCACUUUGCCAACCUUCCUAGACACCAAAUUAGACUAAAGCUUCACACACCUUACAACGCAGCAAUAAUCAAAACAAAUCGUGACCCACAAAUCUAGCCAUUAAUUUCAGCCUAGUGUAUCUGGAUGAUCAGUAUUCUAGACAUCUGUCGCGAAGGUCGUUGACGGGCGGACGGCAUUCCGUGCAACUGUGUCAAUUAUUAUUGUUACCCUUUUAUGAGUCGUUAUAUGGGUUCCAUAUCUAUGUUCGUAUUCUAAGAAUGGAGGUCUACCUGAGGUUCUAUUACAUAAGGACCGAGAUGGCGCGUUACAUGGGGUAGAGUGGCAUCUCUCUUCCACUACGGUAAUAGUUUUAAUCAAGGAAGUGGUAAUAGGCCUUUUUGAGUAUGGUUCAUUGUUUGUUUGGCUGAAUUUGUUAUAGAUUGCAUGAAGAUUUGCAAUUCAUUGCCAAGCGCCGGCACCUAAAUGCGGAUUACGUAGGAAUACGGUUUAGGUUUUGUUAGUAAGAGAGAACUUCUUUGGCUUUCAAGAAAAAUGUAGUUUAAUUUGAAUAAAUCCUUUUUCGUCGUAUUGUCAAUUGUUCGAAGAAUGGUUUUUAGAGGUAAUAAAGUUAAAAUACCGGGUAAGUAUCGCCCGUGAAACGCUUGGGUCGGCUAUUCGAUUAUAAAAAUUAUUUGAAGUGUUCUCUAUAAAAGUUUGAGAAGAAAAUUGGAUCUGGAAAUACAUAAAAAAUGAUAAAUGAAAAUGUUUGUCGGAUAUAAAAAGCUAUUACGCAUCGAAAGUGACCUAUUUCCUCGAAAUUGUCAAUGACGUAGUAUUUUAGGAAAAUCUUUAAGAUUUUUCAAGAAAAUAUAUUUACUUACAUCUUGGUAUUACGUAUUAGCAAAAGUAAGUUAUAACAAUUGUUCGAAUAAAUUAAUAGAGUAAGCAUUACUUAAAUGGACAGAAAUGGGAGUUGUAAUAUCGACAUGUGGUCAACUAUUUACUAUGGAUAGAUCGUCAAACGCCUAAUACAAUUUUGUAAUACUUGUACAGAUAGUUCAACUCAUAUAUGCGACGCUAUGUGUGUGUGCGAAUGACAGCGACUGUUUAUUCUAUAAGCUUUAAUAUGUGUGACAGGGAUACACAAAUGAAAGCUGUGUAGUACACAACGUCACUGUAUAUACACAGGCUACCCACACAUGACGCCUCGCGCAAAUAUGAGUUGAAUUGACUUGACUCGUAAAUAUAAACGGCAAAUUUUUGGUUAUUAUCGAUGCUGCCAAACUGUCUGGGUGGUCGGUCAAUCUUGCUACUAUCCUCGUUAACUGGCAAAUCGCUAUAGUUGGGGCUAUUUAUAUUUAAUAACUAGUUCUUGUGAACAUGAGCGCCAUCACUUAUGCCCGGUUCCUAUAACUUACGAGCCGUCAUUGGGAAAAUGUAACCAUCCGUAAUCUAGUUACCAUUACCAAUGCAAAACUAGCGUUCCACAACGCCCUACCUGCAACGAGCAUCCGUAGCUAACCCGCCUACGACUCGUUCGCUAAUGUCCCUCUCGUUCCUCUUUACGUUUAGUUACAAGAAAACAUUGUACAUCAGUCAUGCAAAAAAAAUCAUACGUUUUCAUAUUUUAAAUAAGUAUUAGAACAAAUUACCGUACAAUUACAAUAAUAAUUUGAUUUACCUUGACAUUUAAGCUUAAAAUAAGUUUACAUUCUUAGUAUAGCAAGUUUGAUGUUACGUAUGCAAGGGGUAGACAAAACGCGUGACAAUACAAUGCGAACCCCGUAUUGCAUGACGUUGACAUCUGUCUUCCCGUCUUCCGUGUCCGUCCGCGUCUUUAAAAUAAAAUUGUUAUUAAUUUGUUUUAUAGCUCCUUGUUUAUACGCGCACCGUCUAGUUUUAUUUCUAGGGACAUUGACACAAAUUCAAUCAGUAACUAAAAUAAAAUGGAUUCUACUCCGUCGAAAAAUAAAGCCAUGAGUAAAGACGAAAUCCAUUGUCUUGUGGAAUUAGUAGAGGCAAACAAAAUUAUCGUAAGUAAAGAGACGAAUGCCUCUACUAAUAGACUUAAAGAUGAAGCAUGGGUUUCAUUAACAGCUGCUUUUAAUGCCAGAAAUGGAACAAUCCCCAGGCAAAAAGAACAAUUGAAGUCCAAGUGGGACAAUUUAAAAAAGGCAGCUCGUAAAAGAGCCCAACAAAUCAGAAUGAACCAUUUAAAGACUGGUGGUGGAAAGCCCGACUACAUACCGCCUGAUGAAACGUUAAGUAAAGUAGAAUCCUUAUUGGGUUCAACAUGUAAUGGCUUUGUUGUGCCUUUUGGUGGGGAUGGUGUGGGUGAUGUAGGUGAUAACAUUGUGGUGCAGGUUUUUAAUGAAAUUGGUGAAAGUCCUAGUGCUGGCAUUAUAACUAAUGAAAAAAUUAAUGAUGAUGACUUGGUUUUUACCCCUACUACGAGUGGAGGUCUAAAGCGAAAAGCAGAGGAAAGAAAAUUUUUGUUUGGCAUGCAUAAUAUGUCAAAUUCAUUAAAAACCAAAGAAAAAAAAAGAAAAGAAAACGACGACAGCCGACAGCAAUUAAAUUUGGCUGCAAAAUACUAUUACGAAAAGAAAGCAGAAAAAUUAGAAUUAGAAAUAAAGUUACUUAGAAUCGAAUUAGCUAAUAAGGAGAAUAAUUGUAAUUGUAAUUUAAAUAAAUAGGUUUUUUUAUAAUAGUUACUUAAAUAG